CCUCCCGUACAGCAUUUCUAACAAUGGCGUCCGCUGAUGUGGGACCCGGGCUGAGCUGCUCCAUCUGUUUAAACCUUUACACCGAUCCCGUCACAUUGACCUGUGGACACAGCUUCUGCCACCUCUGCGUGGACCAUGCGCUGGAUACCCAAGGGGAGUCUGGAGUUUAUGCCUGCCCAGAAUGCCAAGAGCAGUUCCAAGAGAGGCCUGUCCUGUCAAAGGAUCAAUCACUACAUGAGGAGCCUGGAAGCCUCUGUGACUAUUGUGUUCAGUCUCCCGUACCGGCUGUUAAAUGUUGUCUGCUGUGCGAGUCUUCUCUGUGUGAUGACCACGUCUAUGCCCAUAGCAAGUCUGAGCAACACAUUCUGAGUGACCUGAACAUGGUCUGCCCUGCACACAAGAAAGUCCUCGGAUAUUACUGCUGUGAGGACGCCGAGUUUAUCUGCGAUGCCUGCAUUCUGUCUGAGGAACACACCAACCACCGGGUGAAGCCAAUCCAGGAGGCCUCGGAGGAGCUUAAAGAGUUAGGGAGAGAUCUACUGGACCGACUGGCCUCUAAGAUAGCAAAGGAGGAGAGCAGGGCUCAGGAUCUACAGGAGAUGGGAAGGACAAUGCAAGAAAAGUUGACUUUUAUCAAAGAGAAGGUCAGCGCCCUGUUUAGAGACAUCAAGAGACAACUGGACAACCUAGAGAAGAAAGUCCUCAGUGAGAUCUCCCAGCAGGAAGAGCGGCUCUCUCUGUCAGUCUCCGAUCUGAUCUGGCAGUUGGAAAUAAAGAAGGAAGAGCUUUCCAGGAAAAUGCAGGACAUCGAGGAGCUCUGCAACAUGAACGACCCCUUAUCUCUUCCUGAAGAGUGGAAGGCCAUCAAAGAGGACCUUGCCAAAAUGGAGAAUGGAACCAGCACAAACGCUGAGCAAAAAUCAUUCGGCAAUCUGGACGAGGGCCUGUUCUCGGUGACCUUGCAUACGAGUUUGGCAGGAAUCGUUACUAGCACCAAGAAAGACUUCUACGUCCAGCAGGCUCCAGACUUUGGACUGGAUGUCAACACGGCUUCUAAUAACCUAUAUGUUUCCGGGGACUUAAAAACUGUGUCAGCCUCGGAUAUAAGCCACAACUGCACCAGGACGCUGGAGAGGUUUCAGUACAAUCAGGUUUUGGGGGGCAAGAGUUUCCUCUCCGGCAAACAUUACUGGGAGGUUGAGACGGGAGAAGGCGGCAACUGGAGGCUUGGCAUGUCCUAUCCCAGUAUCACCAGGAAAGGCUACCACUCCCUCAUUGGGCAUAGCAACAAGUCCUGGGGCCUGUGUAGGUAUUAUAACCAGUACUUUGCAAUACACGACAGGAGAGUGCUACCAGUGCCGCACGAACCAUCCUGCAACAGCCUGGGGGUGUAUCUGGACUAUGAGGCCGGGCAGCUAUCCUUCUAUGAGCUCUGUGAACCCAUCAGACUUUUAUACAGCUUUUCCGUUGCCUUUUCCGAACCUCUUUUUCCAGUACUUGGCGUAUAUACGGGCUGGGUGAGGAUCAAAAAUUAG